UGUAUGGGGAGCAGUUAGAAAGGAACGGAUCAUCCGACGAAGAGUUUGAUGCAUGUGAGAAUUAUGUGGAUCCUCAAGCUGAGGACAGGGAGCUCAAAGGUCAACUCCUUAGGAAAUACAGCGGCUAUCUCGGCAGCCUUAAGCAGGAAUUUUUAAAGAAGAGGAAGAAAGGGAAGCUACCCAAAGAGGCCCGGCAACAGCUUCUUGACUGGUGGAACAGGCACUACAAGUGGCCGUAUCCUUCGGAGUCACAGAAGCUGGCACUGGCACAAUCGACGGGACUGGACCAGAAGCAAAUAAACAACUGGUUCAUCAAUCAAAGGAAGCGCCACUGGAAGCCAUCGGAGGAGAUGCAGUUCGUGGUGAUGGAUGCAGCGCAUCCCCAUUACUUCAUGGACAAUAGUCUUGGCAACUCCUUUCCCCUGGACUGUGCCCCAGCUCUUCUUUAACCGGACUCUGAAUGUGUGAUCUAAGAUAGCUAGCUGGGAUCUGUACUUGUUUGCAGCCUAUUUUACUCUAUCGCAACGUUUUCUGAGCUGAGAAAUUAAGGAACCCCAUAUUGUGCAAUUGUACUAAGUCAGGAAGAUGCUCUUCUGGAGAACCGCUAUGUUUUCUUAUGCCCCAGGUGUCUUUCGGGGUCUCUUCUGAUUUCUGUAGCAAUAAUGUAUGGUUUCUUCAUAUGGUCUGAUGCUUGCUGGUCUAA